AUGGUCUUAAAGUCCACUUCGGCUGGUAAUGUCUCGGUGUACCAGGUGGCAGGAUCGAACGUAUCUCGUUCGUUGCCAGACUGGAUUGCCAAAAAGAGAAAGAGAGAUCUCAAAAGAGAUGCCGAUUAUAUGAACCGUGUGGAGCUUAUCCAAGAUUUCGAAUUUAGCGAAGCAUCCAAUAAGAUUAAGGUCACUCCUGAUGGCCAAUACGUCAUGGCCACGGGAACGUAUAAGCCACAAAUCCAUUUAUACGAUUUCCUGAACUUGUCCUUGAAGUUUGACAGACACACUGAUUCUGAGAACGUGGAUUUCACGAUUCUUUCCAAUGACUGGACAAAGUCAAUCCACCUCCAAAACGAUAGAUCUAUAGAGUUUCACACCAAGGGCGGUAUCCAUUACAAAACGAGAAUACCGAAGUUUGGUCGUUCGUUAGCAUUCAACAAGACAAACUGCGAUUUGCUAGUGGGAGCUUCAGGCAACGAAAUCUACAGACUCAAUCUUGAACAGGGCCGUUUCCUCAAUCCAUAUGUUUUGGAUACCGAGGAAGGAGUCAAUCAAGUUGAUAUCAAUCCCGUGCAUGGUCUCGUGGCUGCAGCUCUAGAAGAAGGAACUGUGGAGUUUUGGGACCCUAGAAGUAGGCAGCGUGCUGCUAAGCUUUUCGUCAAUGAGCAUCUUGGCGACUCACUACAAGUUACAGCCGCAUCUUUCCGUAACGAUGGUUUGAACUUUGCAUGUGGUACCUCGACAGGUAAAGCAUUGAUUUACGAUCUUAGAACAUCGACACCUUCUGUGGUCAAGGAGCAGGGUUACGGAUUUGAUGUGAACAAGAUCAUCUGGAUUGAUGAAAAUUCUAAUGACUCCGACAAGAUCCUCACAUCAGACAAGAGAAUCGCCAAGAUCUGGAGCAGAUUCGACGGUAAGCCUUACACCUCGAUGGAGCCUAGUGUUGAUAUCAACGAUGUUGCAUACGUCAAAGAAAGUGGUAUGUUCUUCAUGGCCAAUGAAGGUAUGCCAAUGCAUGCUUUUUACAUUCCACAUCUCGGUCCGGCGCCAAAGUGGUGCUCUUUCUUGGACAACAUCACCGAAGAGCUCGAGGAGAAGCCAACGGAUGCGGUCUACUCCAACUACAGAUUCAUCACCAGAGACGACGUGGCCAAGUUGAACUUGGGCCACUUGAUUGGAUCUGGAGUCUUGAGAUCUUACAUGCAUGGUUAUUUCAUCAAUACUGAGUUGUACGAGAAGGUCAAUUUGAUUGCCAACCCCAACUCGUACAGAGACCAGAGAGAAAGAGAUAUCAGAAAGAAGAUCGAAAAGGAGAGAGAGUCUCGUAUCAGAUCGACUGGUGCUGUCACCAAGAGCAAGGUCAAGGUCAACAAGAACUUGCACGAGAAGUUGGAAGGAAAGGAUGUUGCUACCGACGACCGUUUUGCCGAAUUGUUCGAAAACCCCGAGUUUGCCGUCAACGAAGAAUCUUACGAGUACAAGCAGCUCAACCCUGUGCGGUCUACUAAGGACGUUACUUCCACUGAGCGUCCUCGUGGUUUGACUGCUGCCGAGGAGUCUGAUGAAGAGAGAAUGAAUGGUGUUCAGGAGGAGUCCGAGAGUGAAGAGAGCGAGGAAAGCGAAGCUGAAGAGGACCCUGAAGCUGUGAAACGCAGAGGUGAGAAGGUUGCCAAGGAGAUCAACAAGUUGAGAGAGCGCAAGGAGCGUCAAAAGGAGACUGAGAGGUUCAUGAAUGACAUGAAGGCCGUGACUCAAAACGAGACGGAGGCUAGAAAUGCAGAGACUUUCGACAAGCAGGUCAGCAGACUUGAAAAGGUGACGAAGAACAAGAAGAGUGACGAUUCAAGACUGCGUCGUCACGGAAAGGGCGAGAUGGAGAUGACUUUCAAGCCAAAGAAGGAGAAGAAGCCCAAGUUCAGAACCGAUGAGGACGAGGAGGUGGAUGAGACGAAGAAGGGUAGAACCAAGCAGCGUUUUGCCGGCAGAAGAAGCGCAGGUAAAAACCAGUUCAGAGGCAUGUAA